AUGUGGCCAGUCGUGGUGCUGGGGCUUAUCACCGCCGUCCUAGCAUGGGUAUGGUUCGGGAGCCGGGGGAAGGAGAGCAGCGAGGACACCGUCCAGGAGAGAGGGGACACCGGACUUGGGACACACCUCACCCCCCUACAAGAGGAACCUGAGUCUGAGGACACCCAGCCUCAGAAGACUCCUCAUACUGGCUCAGUGCUCAGCCUUGGUCCUCACACAACUACUCAGGGGGAUAAGGAACUGAGCACUACAGGGAGAGAUGAAGGGUAUGGCCAAGGUGAGACCUUCUUACAUGAAGACCUUGUGCAGGCUCAUAAAGAUGGGGGUCAGCUUACUGCCCCACACAUCAAAGACCCCCCACAACAGUCCAAAACUGAAGUCCACCAAUCCACAGGUGUAGAGGCACAGGUCCAUGAAGAUCUGACCCCCGCCUCAGGAGACACAGGUGUAGAGGAACAGGUCCAUGAAGAUCUGAGCCCCUCAGGAAACACAGGUGUAGAGGAACGGGUCCAUGAAGAUCUGAGCCCCUCAGGAGACACAGGUGUAAAGGGACAGGUCCAUGAAGAUCUGAGCCCCUCAGGAAACACAGGUGUAGAGGAAUGGGUCCAUGAAGAUCUGAGCCCCUCAGGAAACACAGGUGUAGAGGAAUGGGGCCAUGAAGAUCUGAGCCCCUCAGGAAACGCAGGUGUAGAGGAACGGGUCCAUGAAGAUCUGAGCCCCUCAGGAAACACAGGUGUAGAGGAACAGGUCCAUGAAGAUCUGAGCCCCUCAGGAGACACAGGUGUAGAGGAACAGGUCCAUGAAGAUCUGAGCCCCACAGGAGACACAGGUGAUGAGUUGGUGGGUACCAGAGAAGAGCUUCACCUCUCUAUUGGUGGACAGGAGACCCGGGUCACUGUGGAGGGUCUGAAACCUGCAAUGGUCACAGAGGAAAAGUUGGUGCAAACCAGUAAAGAAGAGAACGACUCCAUUGUCCCUGAUAAAGUGGUGCCCAUCGGUGCUAAGACAGGCUUGAUGCACCCAGAUCAUGACCAGGAUGAUGGGUGGACACUGGUAAAUGGAAGUGAAGAGCAGGUCCAGGAAGACAAUGGAACAGUGUGUCUUCAAGGCAAUGUCCCAAAUUGCAAUGCACCGACUGUUACCAUUUCUUCUAGGCAAGUCAACAGAUCAGCAAGUGAAAAUAAUUUUGACCAGUAUGACCACAGUAAACUUGAACAAUCAGACAUGGUCCAGGCUUUUGAUAAGAAGCCAUUAGUUAAUCUGGAAAAUACUGCCUGUGCACAAGUUAAUGGUCAAAUAACUAACAAUGCAUCAUCUGAAGGAUGUCACGCAGCGGUAGCAAUCCACCAGAAAGCAGAAGAUGUGAUUCCGACAAGUCCAACUGCGGACAAAUGUGUUCUCUUCCAUUCAUCCAACCAAGAAGAGCAAAGCCCUGAUUUCAAGUGGUCAGGCUCUAGUGAAAGCGGUUGCUUUGCUACUCCCUCUGAGGCUAAACUACAUGAUGACCCUCAAAGGACAAAAAGGGUUGCUGCCGUUCAGCCAAUCCCACAGAAUGUAAGCCUUGGCUUCAAAGUGCACUAUAUGACGGACGCCGACUCUCAGGUGAUUGCAGUCAUUGGGGAUCAUGAGAAACUUGGCGAAUGGGAGAGCUAUGUCCCUCUGAGUUCUGAUAAAGACGGUAAUUGGUCACAUUCACUCACUCUGCCAGCUGAUGCCAACGUAGAGUGGAAAUUUGUGAUGGUGGAAAAUGGGAAGAUAAAACGAUGGGAAGAAUGUUACAACAGGCAUUUAAGAACUGCACAUGAAGAUCUUGCCACCCAGCAGUGGUGGGGUUUUCCAUAACGGAAUGGUUUUCUUAAUGUUUCCAACUUAUCCCCUAAACUUUUAGAACUUGUCUUGCUUGACAGUAUGUAGUUAAAGGUCUCUGUUCUGUUACCUGUCACAUUGUGAGACUGUUUGCUCAGCAGGGUUUAAUGAUUACCUGGCUUUGUCUGAAUCGUGACACUAUAUUGACAUUUCUUAACAGUCCUAGCUUUUAACCCACAUUUUAGUAGUUACAGUUUAGCAUACAAAUAUACUGGUUUUGAAUAAAUUCUGGGUAUGCAUGUAUCUGUUUUU